AUGCUGGACCAUAAUCUUCAUCUAUCUAUCUAUCUAUCUAUCUAUCUAUCUAUAUAUGGGGGCUCUUUCAUUUGUGAUCUUUCUUUACACAUGUUUUUUUCAGACUGCUCACAUUGCGUCGCAGUAUUUUCCACAAAUACGGAGAUGAAAAGUACAAUGCUGAACGUUAUCUCCCCUUUCCUUUCUUUGUGUACUACUUUCUUUCUUUCUUUCUUUCUUUCUUUCUUUCUUUUACUCUGUUUCUUUAUACUUCUAUCGCCACAGACCGCCAAAAUGUUGGAUAAAUCUCUUCCUGUGGUAAUGUCCUUUCUUUUUUACUGCUUACUUUUCUUCCCUAUUUUGUCGUCAUUAUCUCCCUCGAAUUUUCUUUCUUUCUUUCUUUCUUUCUUUCUUUCUUUCUUUCUUUCUUUCUCGCUUGGAACAAGCUCUUUCUUCAUUUUUCUUUUGUCCGAUGACUGUCGAUGUCUUUAUUCAGCCAUUUUUCUUUUACAUCUUUUUACCUUUUUCUUCCUUAUUUUCUCUUCAUUUUUUCUCAUUCAUCUUUUUUAUUUCUUUUUUUUUGCUUUGUUUCCUUUACUCAUCACUUUUCUUCCAUUUCAAUGUACUUCAUUUCUUUCUUCCUUCGUUUCUUACGCACAUUCUUCUUCCGUGGUCAAUUACGUGCGGAACAGAAUCGUGAAUUCCGACCCCAUCUUCAUCAAAGAGUCUCCCAUUUACGGAACGGGUGAGGUUUUUCCCACCUUUCCAUCAGUUCUGAAUUCACAUAUGCCAACUGCAAUGGUAAGUUCUUCGCUUCAGAAAGAAGUCACCGGCCGCAAGCGGGUCGCUUUUCCCCAUUUCAAAUCUUUUAAUUCCUUUUAUGACAUCGUAUUCUUUCUUUCUUCAUUUCUUCCUUCCUUCUUUUCAUCUUUCCUCCCUUCCUUUCUUCCUUCCUUUCUUUCUUUCUUUGUUCGGUUUGCAAUAGACAUUGCCGACUGA